AGUUCAUUUUCAGACACUCAGAUACAUUUUCUCUUACUGUACGUGUGAGUGAGCUAGGCGUCAAUAGUGAAAAAUUAAUUUUCUAAGCCUAUAUACUUAAUCGCAUAUUAAAAAAAAUAAAAAAAAACUAUUUGCAAUGGCUGAUUUAAAUGAUUCCAAUGGAAACUAUGACGACAACGACGAGCAAAUUUCGGAGCCCGAGCAGCUGCGUAAGCUGUUUAUUGGCGGCUUGGAUUACCGAACCACCGACGAGGGGCUUAAGGCGCAUUUCGAGAAAUGGGGCAAUAUUGUUGACGUUGUUGUCAUGAAGGAUCCAAAGACAAAACGGUCCCGAGGCUUUGGUUUCAUCACCUACUCACAGUCCUACAUGAUUGACAAUGCGCAAAACGCACGUCCCCACAAAAUCGAUGGACGCACCGUGGAGCCAAAGCGUGCUGUGCCCCGCCAGGAGAUCGAUGCUCCCAAUGCCGGAGCUACGGUGAAGAAAUUGUUCGUUGGUGGACUGCGAGAUGAUCACGAUGAAGAGUGCUUGCGUGAGUACUUCAAGGAGUUUGGACAGAUUGUGGGCGUGAAUAUUGUGUCCGACAAGGAUACGGGCAAGAAGCGCGGCUUUGCCUUCAUCGAGUUCGAUGACUACGAUCCCGUGGACAAAAUCAUUCUGCAAAAAACCCACAACAUCAAGAACAAGACGCUCGACGUGAAGAAAGCGAUUGCCAAGCAGGAUAUGGAUCGCCAGGGAGGCGGUGGUGGUGGCGGCGGCGGAGGUGGUCGCGGUGGUCCUGGAGGCCGUGCCGGCGGCGGUCGGGGUGGCGAUCGUGGUGGCCAAGGCGGCGGCGGUGGCGGCUGGGGUAACAAUCGUCAGAAUGGCGGUGGCAACUGGGGUGCUGGAGGAGGCGGCGGCUUUGGUAACAAUGGCAAUUUCGGUGGCAACCAGGGCAGCUCUGGCGGCUGGAACCAACAGAGCGGUCCAUGGAACAACCAGGGCGGCAACAGCGGCGGAGGCGGUGGCUGGAACAAUGGCGGUGGCGGCGGCUACAGCAGCGGCGGUGGCAAUAGCAACGGCAACUGGGGUGGUAACGGAGGCGGCGGCGGUGGCAACUUCAACAAUGAUUAUCAGCAGAGCUAUGGCGGUGGUCCACAGCGCAACAGCAACUUCGGCAAUAAUCGCCCAGCGCCCUAUAACCAAGGCGGUGGCUUCAACAAAAGUGGUGGACAGGGCAGCGGUGGUGGCCAGGGAGGUUUUGGCGGCGGUAACAACUAUAAUACGAGCCAAGGUGGCAACAUGGGCGGCAAUAGACGUUACUAAACAAGGUAAAACACACUUACAAAAUCAGUUCAAGCUAGACAAACACAGGAGGCAGUCUAGGCACAGGCAGUGUGGCAGUGGCAGAGACA